AUGAGUGGCAGCGCUGCCACUCGGCCCUCGUCAGGCGCCGCCUUGCAAGGACAGGAAGUCACUCUCAAUGACACCAGUUUCAUUGCCACGUCUGAUGCCCUCCUCCCCCCUCAAGCUGCUUCUGAAGCUCCUCAACCCAACGAGGCAAUGACAGAAAAGCCAAAACAGCAGCCGUCGCUUGUCAAAAUCCCUUCUCGUACCUCUUCCAACACGCGACCUCCUGAACCUACCACCACCCCUGCACCCGCCGCACCUGAUGAGCCGCCUCCUUCGCCCAGGCGAGGCUCGAAACGAAGUCUCCUCAGCAGAAGUCGGAACAAUAGCAGAGGUAGUCGAAGGUCACUGAGAGCAGCUCGGGCCGCGGAAAGCACCAAAGAGCCCGUGCCGCCCCUACCUCAAAGUACACCCCCUAAAACUGAGAAGAAAGCUCGCAGCGGAUUGCUCGCCUUUUUGAAUUGUUGCAGCCCAACCGAAUAUGCUGAUGACACCAAAUCAGACGAUCCGGAUGUUGCAGCGAAGAAGAUCAAGAUCCAACCCCAGCAUCAAAAAACAGCUAGACCGCAAGAACAAAACGAGGUGGUGGAGAAAGAGAAGAAUUUGGAAGGCACAACGCCGGUCGACGAUGCCACUGCACAGGGAGAGGAAGGGAAUGUAGAAGUAGCGGAGAAGAAAGAACCUGACGAGUCUCGACCGAGGAUGUCGCGCGAGGAAAUAUAUCAUGAAAAAGUGACGGUUCCUGGCACGAGCGGGACAGUGCCAUCCACAAACCUCCCGAACCAAAACACGGUAUCUCAUGGUGAUGAAGACCAGAUCAAAUCAACAACUGUCACAAUGCCGGAACCUUCAACGAAACCAGAUGUCAAUGUGAUAGCGGCCACACCAACAGAGGCGGAGCAUCCCUCGGAGCCUCAGCGAUUUGAAGGCGACGAUAAGACAGCUCCUGACGUGGAGAUGGCCGACGCUCCCCCGGCUGUUCCAGUCGUUGAUGAAGAACCCUUGGAUGAGCCGAACCAGCCCCACGAAUUGCAACCACAAGUACCUUUACCUCCGCCGCCGCCAUUGUCCAAGCGACAGGAACAGUUUGCUCCCAAAGAAGCACCCCCAAUUCCGGAAGCCUCGCUAGAGAAGCAAUCAUGGCUUCUGCCUCCUGUGCAGCCCCAUCUGAAAGGACGAAAAUGUUUGAUUCUCGACUUAGAUGAGACCUUAGUGCACAGCAGCUUCAAGAUCCUAAACCAGGCCGACUUCACCAUUCCUGUGGAGAUCGAGGGCCAGUAUCACAAUGUCUACGUGAUCAAACGACCAGGCGUGGAUACAUUUAUGAAGAGGGUUGGUGAACUGUAUGAAGUGGUUGUCUUCACUGCGUCUGUGUCGAAAUAUGGCGACCCACUACUGGAUCAAUUGGAUAUUCACCACGUUGUUCAUCACAGGCUCUUCCGGGAGAGUUGUUACAACCACCAAGGAAACUAUGUCAAGGACCUGUCACAAGUCGGCAGAGAUUUAAAGGAAACCAUCAUCAUCGACAACUCUCCCACCUCUUACAUCUUCCAUCCCCAACACGCUGUGCCAAUAAGCUCUUGGUUCUCGGACGCGCACGACAACGAGCUAUUGGAUCUGAUACCAGUCCUCGAAGACCUGGCUGGCCCGCAAGUACAGGACGUAAGCUUGGUCCUGGACGUGGCUCUGUGA